AUGGCAUCGUCAUCGAAAAAGUGGAAGCGAGCUAUCCAAGAUUUUCUCCGUCGUAAGCUGAGUGAACGGGAUCUGCAAAAGCUUGUGCAAGAUGAUGAAAGUGAACGAAAUUUACCUACUCUCGCAAUUGCCUCCAUCAAUAUGGUACAAGUGCAGAAGAUGCUUGGUCUACAGCUUGUCGUCAAUGACCCAGAGCUAGAUAAAGUGCCCUCCGUCUGCAUGCCAUCUGACUUGGUCAAUAUAUUGUCGAAGAUUGAUAAGUUCACUUCUAAAAGUGAUGCGAAUGAAUCCACCAUUCGCUGGACACUGAAUAUGCUCCUCGUGUUCGCGUAUGACAUUGCAACGUCAGGCAAACCUACCUCUGGCCAAGCCAUCAGUGCACAGACAGAAAAAGCCUGGGGCUAUGGACCGGUAAAAUGGAUUGACAAACGUUACAAGUUGAUCGGGAAACCGGACUAUGCAAUCUGGUAUGGAGAGGUCGAAGAAACCGCCGUGAACGUUGUGAUUGUUAAAGCAAAGAGGAGAUACUUGGCUGCUAAUGGCCUCGUUCAAUGUCUGGCGUACAUGGGUAUCGUGCACCGGCUUCGAAAAGAAGCCGGCAAACAAAACUGCACUUGGUCAGAACGUGAUGUGACUACGCGUACACAAAACUACGACCAAGUGCUAGGUUUGCUCGUUCAUUUCCUACGCGCUGCUUCCGUGAUAUCGCCAGCUCAUUCGAAGCAAUCCUCCAAACAAACUUGUGGCAACGAAGUACCCGAUUCUACAAUACAUAACACGGUAUAUGCUUCUUCGGAUGAGGAUAUAGGAUGA